AUGAAUCAAGUUCAUGGUGAGGAACUUGAUUCAUUAUACAGCGAUAAAGCACCACCCUACGGCGCUGUAAAAGACUGGCAUAACGAAUUCAAUUGUGGUAGACGUUCACUCCAGGACGAAUCCAGUGAAGUUAGUCCAAAAUCGGUUGUUGUGACAGAAAACAUCGAUGCUGUGAGUGAACUGAUAAAGCAAGAUAGUCAUGUGACAUACCUUGAGAUUGAGGCACCUUCUGGUAUUAGUAUGACAAGUAUCAAUAAGUUAUUUCAUGAAAAUUUGUCAGUAAAAAUGAUUUGUUCACGUUGGAUCCCCCAUAAUCUGACAAACGUUGAAAAGAACGGUCGUACCGAUUGGUGCAAGGAAAUAUUGGGAAAUACAUUCAAGGUGCAUCAAAGGCUGUUUAAAACAUCUACAUAG